AAAUGCAAUGUAACCUUACUUGACCGAACAACAUGGCGAACACAAUAAGAAAAAGAGAAGAGGCUUAUAUGUACAGUUGGUUGACAUUUCAAUCCAGUUGGAUACAGAUCUCCGUUUGGUGUGUACGUUAUUGACUUGUGCCCGUUUCUAUUUUCUUAUAUGCCAAUAAGAAACUAUUUCUUGAGCAACCUACAGAUGGAAGUUAAAACCCUACAUACCAUGGCAAUUGUAAUAAUUGCCAUUGUUUAUUGCUUAAGUGUAACAACAGCUCAGUCCAAUUAUGCUUCACAGGCAAAUAAUAUUGAAUACCAUGGAGAAGGAUUACCAGAUGAAGCUACACUGGACGGAAAGGUAACGAAGCUUGAUGAUAUUAGUCCAAUAAUAUUCCUAAAUCAAACCAAAGCUGUUUUAAAUUGCGCUGCUGGCUCUAUGCAAGUGGAGCUUAAGUUUAAUGAAAGAUUCUACGGAACCGCAUAUGCUAAUUUUGAUCGAAACAGUGCUUGUCAAAUAUCUGGUAAAGGUGACAUGGGUUACAUUCUUGAAUUACCUUUGAAAGGUUGUGGAACAAAACAGGAACCUCAACGCGUAUUUACCAACAACAUUAUAAUACGUUUUCACCCUGGUCUAGAGAUGGAUGGAGAUGAGAUUAUUACUAUUGUAUGUCGCUAUCCACCCCCGGUAGCACCUAUUCCAGCUGGCUUUCCAGCCCCAAUAAUCACUGAUAUAGUACCCGCAUUAAUACUUGAGCCACCGCUGAAGGGAAUCCAAAUAUUGUUUAUUAUUUGUGCAAUUAUGUUCCUUACGCUAUUACUCAUUGGAUUAGGAAUUUCUUACUAUUGCUUGCGUAGGCAGCCAAUACCUAUUGUCCGAAGAAUUAUACAUGUUGGCAGUGGAUCUGAAAUAACAGCACUAGAAACGGGUAGUAUAGGUUGCCUAUCAGCACUCAAACUACCACAUGCACAUGUCGCUCUGCAUCGUACUCAAAGUAUAUCUGGAAGUGAUGGUCCCUUGAUACCUUCCGAUUAUCCGAGUGAAUCGCAUUCAGAAAAUGAAGAACUUGAUACAGGAUCUUUGCCUGUUAGUUCACACGGGAGUUUUGAAAAUGGUGUUUUUAUUCAGGAUAAUUCCAGCAUCUAUAGUGAAAAUGGAGGCUACGCACAAGAAAUUCGAUCGGGAUCGAUUUGUGAAACUUCUCCUAAGUUUCAAAUUCAUGUACGAGUAAAACGAGCACUACCGCCAAUGCAGUCGUCAUUAUCAUCCGACAGUGAUAGUAGUACUUCUAUCAACCGAACUGAGCGAAAUAACCUUUCAACGAUUCCAGAAUCAUACGAAGAUGCAAGAAGUGACAGCGUACUAACAUUAGGAUCCUUGCCAGAAGCCGGUCAAUCUCAGUUCAUACAUUCCCCAGAUUUGCACCUAAUUCAAGCAGUCAUGAAAUCACCAUCAAAUUUGUCCAAAACAUCAACGUUCUCACAAAUUCAACGUGAUACUUGGCCAGAUAUUAAUGCAAACGGAUGUCAUGACUCUUCGACUCGUAGCAUCGUUUCACUAGGCACUGAAAUAACGGAUACGCAUUCUAUGACUGAAAUCAUUGAUUCUUCUCAUUUAUAUCCAAGAUUUUCUCACGAUGUUUUAAACAUGCUGAAUUCAAAAAAUGUUCUAGAAUCAAAAGUUAACAAAAUGAAAAAAAAUGAAAUUUCAUCCCAUAUUGUAGAUGACGUAUAUACGCAAACAGUCACUGAAAAAACAACAGUUGAGGAUAUUGAGAGACAUAAACGUGUGGUCACAAAUUAUAAAGCAAUGCCUGUAGUUGACACAAACUGGAAUGUUACCAUCCGAAACUAUCAGGAAUAUUCAGAUCCGGUUUGGGAAGACUUCUCAGACAUAUCAAGUGCAUCUGGUGUAGCAACUACUCGGCAUAUUCCAACUCAAAUAAUUAUACCAAACUCUACACAUCUAUCAAAAAAUGAUCAAUUUCUUCAAAGUCCAGAGCUAGUAUGUAAUAUUAAACCAAUAGAGCUACCUCCGGAGGAUAAAUCUGUUUCCAAUUGGGAUAUUCUCAUAAGAGUCCUACAAGAUGUCGAAAUUCCCGAUAUAGCCAUUACAAAAGUUGAACUACAAAGUACCAAUGCAGUUGGUCAGCUGAGUUAUAAUGAUAAAGCCAAAUGGAAGGAAAUCAUUACUACCGAGUCAACCCUAAGAACUAUGCUCACCGAAGCUGUUAUACGAGAAGACUUCGAACGAAUCCGAGCUGAUGCUCGUUACGAGAAACUGUUUGAACCUCAAUCAUGGGAAAUCAUAAUGCGCAUUUUAACACCACCAGAUGAUGCAGAAUUGAGAAAGUCGAGGCGAAAAAGACGAGAAACAUGGGAUACUCGGUCCCGGAGAAGCUCACUUCCGACUCUAUAUGAAUAUGAUAGCGAUGGAAGAUCAUCUGUUCGAACAAUUUCACAAGAGCCUAUCGUUAUUAUCAGACAAAAUAGAGAUAUUAGCAAUAGCGCCAAGCCUCUCUCGAGAAAAUCUUCACACUCAUCUUAUAGUACUAAUAACGCCGAAUAUCGUUCGUUGACUGAAGUUCUGAUUGACUAUGUGAAACCAAGGUACUCUGAUAGUUUGUCUGAAGGGAGCUCUCUUUCCACUAACCGUAACUACGAAGAUGAUAACUAUGAUCGACGGUCGAUACAACAUUCGUCCAGUCAUCCUAGUUUAGCUAGAUCUGCAAGUGAAUUCACCGAACAGUGGAUAGCUCCAGAUGAAACUGCCUCAUCUUUAUCUGAAAAUGAAGCAAUCUUUGAACAUAUUCCACGAGUGGCUCGAGAAAAUAGAACGCAAUACAUAGAAACGAGUUUCAAAUCACGUUCAUACGAAUGGUGAAUAUGGUUUACAUACAAAUUAACGAAAGAGUUAUCGAAAUGUGCCAACAACUAUAUGGAUUUAACAUUAAAUAGUAGUAAUUAAAACACAAUAAAAAGGGUUUAGAGCUAACGAAUUGUAAUACAAUAGAAAAAAGUUGUAAUUUGGUUAGAUAUCAUUAAUCUGUUUUGCUCUAUAAAAAAUUGCCCAAAAAAUGUUCGAAUAUCUGUCACACUUUUCCUGCAAAAAAUGUAUGUAACCUUAUAAGCGUAACCUUUUCUAGACGGCUUUUUUUAAUAAAUUAUUAAAAUAUCAA